UGCCUUUGAGAAAAAACCUUCACGGAAGGCUGUGAAAAGAUUUCACUUUUACCCGAGAUUUUGGAAAACUGCCGAAACGCCGAGUGGUACUUUCUUAAAGUGGAAACGCAUAGUGGAAAAAAGUUUUAUUAGCUCGAACCAGGCAUUAGUUAUCUCUUCAUAGGACGCUUUCGUAGUUCCAGAUAUAAUUAUGACAAUGAGUAUUGACGCCUACCAAGAUAUUAUGCACGGCCCACUUGUUAGCUUCUUGGAGCUUUCUAAAAAACUAGGUGGUGUAGUGGCAGAUCACGCUCAGUUCGUUAAAGAAGCAUUCGACGCCCAGUUUGAAUUUCUUAAAAAGGUUGCUGUCUCAAGCCCGCCCUCUAAUGUUGAUCUACAAAGUAUGUUGAAGCCUACAUCAGAGAAGAUUGCGACUAUUCAAGCAUUUCGCGAGAAAAAUCGUACAUCGCCGUUUUUCAAUCAUUUGUCUUCGAUCAGCGAAAGUAUACCCGCCCUUGGGUGGGUUUGUGUGGCUCCAGCACCUGGCCCAUAUGUUAAGGAAAUGAAUGAUGCGGGUCAAUUUUACAUCAAUCGUGUACUGAAGGACUGGAAAGAGAAAGACUUAAACCAUGUCGAAUGGGCCCGCUUGUGGAUCCAGACGCUUACGGAACUGCAGCAGUUUAUUAAACAGCAUCACACAACUGGACUUGUAUGGUCUGGUAAAAAUAAGUCUACUAUUUCAAGUGGAUCUGGUGUUCCUCCACCACCACCACCUAUUGGUGGUCUACCACCACCAAUACCCAUUGCUGAUUUAAAAGUUUCCGAUUUGGAGGAUGAUCGAAGCGCGCUAUUUGCACAAAUCAACCAAGGAGCAGAUAUUACGAAAGGAUUAAAGAAAGUGACUUCUGAUAUGCAAACUCACAAGAAUCCUAGUCUACGAUCGGGCCCAGCGCCAUAUAAGGCCCCACCAACCACAGUUGCCAAUGGUACGAGGUUGGUGUCUGCUCCAUCUGUUUUGAAGCAGCCAACUUUCUCUCGCGAUGGCAAAAAGUGGCUGAUCGAGUACCAGCAAAAUAAUGCAAACCUUUUAGUUGAGAAUGCUGAGAUGAAUAACGUAGUGUACAUGUACCGGUGUGAGGGUUCUACGUUGCAGAUUAAAGGCAAGAUCAACAGUGUUGUAAUGGAUUCAUGCAAAAAGUGUUCACUCGUUUUCGAUACUAUGGUUUCGUCAGCUGAAUUUAUCAACUGUCAAAGUGUGCAAAUGCAGGUUCUCGGAAAGGUACCAACAAUUUCUGUCGACAAAACAGAUGGAUGCCAAAUGUACCUCUCUUCACAAUCGCUUGGGGUUGAGAUUAUAAGCUCAAAAUCAUCUGAAAUGAAUGUAAUGAUUCCGAAAGGAACUAGUGGUGAUUAUACAGAGCAGCCAAUUCCGGAGCAAUUUAAAACUGUUGUAAAGGGAACGUCCUUAAGCACAAUUUGUGUUGAAAGCCUUGGUUAAUAUUCCUCCUGGAAAUUUAAUCAAUCUUCAACAUGUGCCGUGUGUGAACAGAGAUUAGUUUUUAUUGAGAAAACUCCGCUAACAUUUACAUACAUGGACAAGAAAUAAUGUUAGAAGUUGCUGAGUACCAAAUCGCAGUCAAAAAGCUAUAGAAAUGUCAGCAUCGAAAACAAAUGAAUUGCAAGACACAUUUUAAUGGGAUAUUGGCGUUUUUCAAAAAUAUUUUAUAUCAAGUAAAUGGUUUAGAAUCAAUUACAUGCGCAAUAAAAUCAAUGAAUAAUAAUACCUUCAAAGAUAAUUCUUAAAGUUUACUUCUGAAUGAUUUAAGUAAAGUUAAUCAUUUCAUUUCAUUUAUUAUUUGUACACUCUACUAAUAUAAAUUUUCACUCAUUUAUAUUUUAUAUUUCUGCACUAUUACACAAUUUGAAGACAGGCGCUUUAUAUUAGCCUACCUGACUUCGUUAGUUUCCAUAAUUUAAAAUUUUAUAAUGGACAGCAAAACGAUAUCGAUUGUUAAGUAUUAUCAUACUAUGUGGAAUUGAGAUGGUU